GAACAGAUGUCGUCAUUGUGAAAAAUGGCAGAAGAAUAUGUGGCACAGGAGGCUGCUUAGCCAAUGCACCUUUGCAUCAGAACAAGAGCUAUUUCGAGUUUAAAAUUCAGUCCACAGGGAUUUGGGGUAUUGGUGUUGCGACCCAGAAAGCAAACUUGAAUCAAAUUCCACUUGGUCAAGAUUUCCACAGUCUGGUGAUGAGAAAUGAUGGAGCUCUCUACUAUAACAAUGAGGAGAAAAACAGGCUACCAGCAAACAGCCUUCCUCAGGAGGGUGAUGUGGUGGGCAUUACAUAUGACCAUGUAGAAUUAAAUGUAUAUUUAAAUGGAAAGAACAUGCAUUGUCCAGCUUCGGGAAUCAGAGGGACUGUCUACCCAGUGGUCUAUGUUGAUGACAGUGCCAUUCUGGAUUGUCAGUUCAGUGAAUUUUAUCACACACCACCACCAGGGUUUGAAAAGAUCCUCUUUGAGCAGCAGAUCUUCUGAAUGUCUUCAUACUGGAAAUUUGCACCCUGCACUGUUACAAAAGCUUUGUCAUCUUGAAGCUUCACUUUACUUUUAGGAAACAUAUCUGUAUUUUUAGUAAGUACUUGUGACUUUUGUCUGCAGAAUAAAUGUUAACUGGAACACCAGGUAACUGUUGCAAAUACAAGUUUUCUGGCAAUGUUUUGUGAUUGAAAAUGAGUGUUUGGGUCAAGGUUUUUCUCCUAUUCAUACUUGAUGCAUAAGGUGACUAAGGGAUAUUACUGUCAUCAGUAUUACAUUCAGUAUUUUGAAUAAAUUGGAGCUCUGUAAGGCAAAUAAUUCUUAUGCAUAUGAUAGCUAUGGAGAUGGAUGGUUCUCAUGAUUUUUUUCCCCCCAGUGUUUUUCACAGAGAAGUGAUGUACUCUGUUCAAAGGACAGACUGUGUUCCUAGUCUGUGUUUUGGAGUUGCAGUGUCUGAGUUGUGCACAAUGACUAAUAAUACGAUGGCAUAACUAGCAGCUGGACACUUUUGCUUCGCAAGGUAUAUUUCAAUCCAUUCCCUCAAUCUCAGACCAGCAAAUACAGCUUAAUCUAGUUCUUCUAGCUUUUCAUUUGCUUUUAUUGUGACAAAAAAAUAAAAUAGAGUACUUUCUAGAAAUACUUUUUUGUUGAGCCUUGAAAAGUAAACCUGAACGCUACCUGUGUUUUCUGAGGACCACUGUGCUGUGUUACUCUGUUUGGAGAGUAAGUACAGACCACUCAGCUUGGGUAUGCAAAAGGCCAGAUGAAGAGUAUGAGAUGUUAUGGUGAAGCCUUACAUCUAAACUGUAAAUUAGUUUAUUCUCUUAUGGAAUAGCAUAUUUAUUUUCUUUGUGAAUCAUUUAUAAAUAGCUAAGACAUUGUUCUAAAAUGUGAUGUCCUUGAAUAUACAUUGUGAGACGC